AUGGCGACGGCGGAGCAGAGAGAAGGUCCGGAUGACCCGGAGAGCGACGAUGAUGUCUACGAGGUCGUGGACCUCACAGAGUACGCCCGGGGGCACCAGUGGUGGAGCAGGGUGUUUGGCAACAGCUCUGGCCCGAUUGCUGAGAAGUAUUCAGUGGCCACCCAGCUCGUGAUCGGAGGGGUGACCGGAUGGUGUGCAGGCUACGUUUUCCAAAGAGUUGGAAAGAUCGCAGCCACGGCUAUCGGUGGAGGGUUCCUCCUUUUACAGAUCGCCAACCACAGCGGUUACGUCCAGGUGGACUGGAAGAAGGUGGAGAAAGACGUGAACAAAGCCAAGAAGCGACUGAAGAAGAAAGCCAACAAGGCGGCCCCUGAAAUCCACACGUUCAUUGAGGAGGCCACAGAUUUCCUAAAGAGAAACAUCGUCGUGUCCAGCGGGUUCGUCGGAGGUUUUUUCCUGGGACUGGCCUCCUGAAGAUGCUGCACCCUCCCAUCGUCUACCUCCCCGCCCUGUUGAUUUCUGACUGAAUGAGGAGGUAGUUAAGUUGAACAUGUCUGACUUAACCACCCUCAGUUUUGGAUCAUUUGGAGGAACCACAAACCCAUCAUGAAGUGGGUUUUGUGGAUUCUGUUGCGGUUCUUGAAAUGUACUGUAAAGGUUUUUCUGUAAAUGUCAAGUUGCC